GUGAUUUCCUGACUCAUCUUGAAUGAAUGUCUUACUGACAAAACCUUACAUCGUUUUCGUUUGUCUCCUUAAGUUUGUCUCCUUAAACGGCCCCAAUAUGAAGUGUGGAGGGUGUUCAGCGGCAACUGAAGCCGACGAAGAAAUCCAGAAGAUCUGUGAUAGCGUAAAGGCCGAUGCAGAGGCAAAAGCAGGCAAGACUUAUGAGAUGUUCACAGCCAAGAGCUUCACGAGUCAGGUAGUGGCCGGGACCAACUACUUCAUCAAGAUCCACGUGGGAGGAGAAGAUCACGUUCACCUGCGUGUUUCUAAAAAGCUCCCAUGUUAUGGAGGAGAACUGGAGCUGACAGAUAUGCAGUGUUCCAAGAGCCACCAGGACCCUAUUGAAUACUUCUAACGGAUCCUAAACUAAACAAAGCUUCAGUGCCUGUGGCUGCCGUCUCAACAUAACCAGUUAUGAUCAAAUGAUCCUGGCUCAUUGUGUUAAACAAUGCAGUGUGCAGUUCCCUUUCCUAACAUGUGUUAAUAUACAUAAUCAUACUGAAGACCGUGAUGCAAGUAGAUAGAUACUUAAUUAAUCCUGAGGGAAAUGUAGUCAUCCAGUAUCGUAAAGACCUGACCUACAACAUUACAUCCCACCACUACAAAUAAGAAUUAAAAUGUAUGUCUACAUGGAACUAUUUUGUACAAGAUAAAUGAAUAAAAGAAUCAGAUUUGUUGUGA